AUGCUAUCAGGUAUGACUAUAACACACAUCACUUCUCGGUGCCCGCGACUGGGAAUCAUUCCCUACACGGUUGCACUGCUGAUAGUCGGCUACUGCAUUGGAUUUCUGGAUAUUGAAACUGGUGGCGGUUUGGGAACGCUGUCCCAAAGUAUCAGCCUUUGGAUCGCCAUGGAUCCGCACCUGCUCCUAUUUGCCUUUCUUCCUGUUUUGCUUUUCGGAGAUGCCAUGUCGAUUGUGUGGCACGAUUUCCAGCGGACGGCUGCUCAAUGCGUUCUCCUGGCAGGACCUGGAGUGCUGAUUGGGACAGCACUGAUGUACCUUGUGGCCAAGUACAUUUUUCCUUUUGGCUGGAGUGACUUCGAGUGCGCCGCGUUUGGCAGUGUUUUGGCAGCCACCGAUCCUGUGGCGGUGGUAGGUCUCUUGAAGGAGAUGGGAGCAAGCAGAGUCCUAACGAUGCAGAUAGCUGGAGAGUCCCUGCUCAAUGAUGGUGUGGCGAUUGUCGUGUGGCUUGUCUUUUUCAAUUUCAUGAAAGGAGGAGAGGCUGGUGCAGAGAUCCUCUGGAGCUUCUUGCGCCUAGUGACACUCACCAUCACUGUGGCCUACGUUUCUUUCUUUGUCGGAGAAAACGAGCUGAAAGUGAGCGGCGUGCUCGCGACCAUCUUCACGGCCCUCAUGGUGAGCAGAAUAUGCAAGCCACUUCUUUGUGACAAGGAUGGGCUUCAAGCGAUUUGGCACACUCUGGAGUUUUUUGGCAACACCAUCCUCUUCGUGCUGUGUGGUGUCUUUGCAUACACGGCAUGCAAGAAGGUGGAGUGGGCCGACUUUGCCUGGCUGGGUUUGUUGUACAUACUUGGGAACCUCGCUCGGGGCUUGAUGAUUGCGAUGCUGGCACCUCUCGUCAACUUGGUGGGCGGUUCUGACGUGACGCGGACCACUUGGAGAGAAUGCGUUGUCAUGACGUGGGGCGGCCUCCGAGGAGCCGUAGGUCUUGCCCUGGUGCUGUCAAUGCGAGAUUUGCUGAUACAACAGGGCAAGGAGUACACAGCAAACCUGAUGGUCUUCUUCAUCUCUGGCUUUGCAACGCUUACGCUGUUGAUCAAUGCCACCACCUGCAGCCUGCUCUUGAAGUACUUGGGUCUCACAAAGCCACUGGAGGCAGAGGGAUAUGAGGGAUCAAUGCUCUGGAGGAUGGCUGCUUCCAAGAAAGCCUUUAGCGAUUCCCUUGCCACUGAUGAACGCUUCAAAGCAGUUCACCAGCAUCUUGGCAUUCCAGUGAUGCAGCAAAGCUCGAUUCUCAAGAGCAUCAAGAGCUCCCGACAUCAUAUUCUCAGGCGAGAGCUGGAUAUGCUACUGGAGCAUCUCGAAGAAGAAUUGGGAGACCCUUCCCAGGACUGA